CAAAACAAAGUACAAGGAAUAAGCAACACACAGCAUAUGAACGAGAGAAAAGUGCAAAAUAAAACGCUAAUAUUCCGAAAAAUAUAGUACAUAUUAAGAAACAAAAAGCUGUGACAAGAAAAUAAACAAAUAAUAAUAUUUCCAUUUAAUUUAUAAAUUAUUUAAUAACGAAACCAAAAAGCCAAAAAGACAUCAAAGACUUAAACUCGAUUAUAGAGAGAGAGAGCAAACAAGUGACAACUACUUAAGUGAAAUUUUUUUUUUAAAUAGUUUUAGUUAGCAAAUUUUUUUUGUUUGAAAAGAUAUUCAAGAUGAGGUUAUGCAUAUUGCUGGCUGUUGUGGCCUUUGUCGGCCUCUCGCUGGGCGAGGAGAAGAAAGAAAAGGACAAGGAGCUCGGAACUGUGAUCGGAAUUGAUUUGGGAACCACAUACUCCUGUGUUGGUGUUUACAAGAAUGGACGUGUUGAGAUCAUCGCCAACGACCAGGGUAACCGUAUCACGCCCUCGUACGUGGCCUUCACCGCCGACGGUGAGCGUCUGAUCGGUGAUGCCGCCAAGAAUCAGUUGACCACCAAUCCCGAGAACACUGUCUUCGAUGCCAAGCGUCUGAUCGGACGCGAAUGGUCCGAUACCAAUGUCCAGCACGACAUCAAGUUCUUCCCCUUCAAGGUCGUUGAGAAGAACUCGAAGCCCCACAUCAGCGUGGACACCUCCCAGGGCGCCAAGGUCUUUGCUCCCGAGGAGAUCUCCGCCAUGGUUCUGGGCAAGAUGAAGGAAACCGCUGAGGCCUAUCUGGGCAAGAAGGUCACCCACGCUGUCGUCACUGUUCCGGCUUACUUCAACGAUGCCCAGCGUCAGGCUACCAAGGAUGCUGGUGUGAUUGCCGGUCUUCAGGUGCUCCGUAUCAUCAACGAGCCCACAGCUGCUGCCAUUGCUUACGGUCUGGACAAGAAGGAGGGCGAGAAGAACGUGCUGGUGUUCGAUUUGGGCGGCGGCACCUUCGAUGUCUCCCUGCUGACCAUUGACAACGGUGUGUUCGAGGUGGUGGCCACCAACGGUGACACCCAUUUGGGUGGUGAGGACUUUGAUCAGCGCGUCAUGGAUCACUUUAUCAAGCUGUACAAGAAGAAGAAGGGCAAGGAUAUCCGCAAGGACAACCGUGCUGUCCAGAAGCUGCGUCGUGAGGUCGAGAAGGCCAAGCGUGCUCUGUCCGGAUCCCAUCAGGUGCGCAUCGAAAUCGAAUCGUUCUUCGAGGGCGAUGACUUCUCCGAGACCCUGACCCGUGCCAAGUUCGAGGAGCUGAACCUCGACCUCUUCCGUUCCACCCUGAAGCCCGUACAGAAGGUGCUCGAGGACGCUGACAUGAACAAGAAGGAUGUGCACGAGAUUGUGCUGGUCGGUGGCUCCACUCGUAUCCCCAAGGUGCAGCAGCUGGUCAAGGACUUCUUCGGUGGCAAGGAACCAUCCCGAGGCAUCAAUCCCGAUGAGGCUGUCGCUUACGGUGCCGCCGUCCAGGCUGGUGUGCUCUCCGGUGAACAGGAUACUGAUGCUAUUGUCCUUCUCGACGUCAAUCCUCUGACCAUGGGUAUCGAGACUGUUGGCGGUGUGAUGACCAAACUGAUCCCUCGCAACACUGUCAUUCCCACCAAGAAAUCGCAGGUGUUCUCCACCGCUUCCGACAACCAGCACACCGUCACCAUCCAGGUGUACGAGGGCGAGCGUCCCAUGACCAAGGACAACCAUCUCCUGGGCAAGUUCGAUCUGACUGGCAUUCCACCGGCACCACGCGGCAUUCCCCAGAUCGAGGUCUCCUUCGAAAUCGACGCCAACGGCAUCCUGCAGGUCAGUGCCGAGGACAAGGGCACCGGCAACAAGGAAAAGAUCGUCAUCACCAACGACCAGAACCGUCUGACUCCCGAGGACAUUGAUCGCAUGAUCCGCGAUGCCGAGAAGUUCGCCGACGAGGACAAGAAGCUCAAGGAGCGCGUCGAGUCCCGCAACGAGCUCGAGUCCUAUGCCUACAGCCUGAAGAACCAGAUCGGUGACAAGGAUAAGCUGGGCUCCAAGCUCUCCGACGAGGAGAAGACCAAGCUGGAAUCGGCCAUCGAUGAGUCGAUCAAGUGGCUGGAACAGAAUCCCGAUGCCGAUCCCGAGGAGUACAAGAAACAGAAGAAGGAUCUCGAGGCUAUUGUCCAGCCGGUGAUCGCUAAGCUGUACCAGGGUACCGGUGGUGCUCCACCACCAGAGGGCGCUGAUGGUGAUGAACUCAAGGAUGAGCUGUAAGGUGGUGUGUGUGUCUCCACAUCCACAUCAUCAUCAUCAUCAUCCACUGCAGAUCAGAAGUGUUGGAAUGAAAUCAGACUGAUAACAAAUUAUAAACAGCCACAGCAAGAGAUGUAACUAAUUCACACAACCACCCACACCACCACCCACAACCACACCACCCUACACCCCUGCAGACAAUUCCCCCGCCCAUCCAUUCGACCUUUAAGGCAAUUUUUCCACAAAAAAACAACAACAACAACAAAUUCUCUUUAUAACGAUCAUUUAAUUUUUUUUUUUUGCCUAAAUUUUAAAAUUUAAAGUAUUUUUUUUUUUUGAUUUGUAAACGAGUGUUCCUCUCGCAUUCCACACAAUGUCGCCACUCGACACGCCCACAUCCUGAAACUGCCUCCAUGAACACACACACACACAUCCCCCCCCCCCAGCUAGCCCCCUCGUCCAGUUAGCUGCUUAAUUAUGUGAAAAACUGUAAAUUUUUUUUUUUAUAUAUAAAUGUAUGCAUAACUGUCGCAGAUCAAAUAGGGAUUAUCCAUUAUCCUGCGGAUAUGUAACAAAAAAAAAAGAAAAA